AACAAUGAAAGACAGAAAAGAUGAACAAAUGUAACAGUGAAUAUGACGAAUAAAUUUCAUGAUGAUGAUUCAUUUCUUUCUUGCUUCGACUGAGUAGUCAGAAAAUAAACAAUAAAGUAUACCUUUCAGUUCACUGCCAAUUAUAAGUAAAUAUUUUUAAAAAUAAAUAAUAAAAAGUUGAAAAGACAAAACUCUAAUCGGAAAAUAUUUUAACAUAAUAAAAAUGCUUUUUUACAGAUUAAUUUAAACGCUCUGAGAUUUUUAUUUAAUUCGUAACUCUCAUCCUAGCGUUAAAAAUAUAUUUGUUCCAUGCCGUAUAUGCAAAGCUGAGUUUUCAAUUAAUGGCAAUUGCAUUGCCCUUACAUCGCCCCAUUUCCACUUUGUCGCAUAUUUUUCCCACGUGCUUCCUGGUCGCUUAAACUUCACCCCAACGGCUAUCGCGGAAACCAAUGCGAAUAGUUGGACGGCUUUUCCAAGAGUGGAGACGAGUCUUCAAAAAUAUUUAUCAAGUAUAAAUAAAAGACAUGGUCAAACAGGAUGCGGAGAAGACUGCCCCUUCCUCUAAAAAGCCCGAGAAGCAAGAGGAUCUCAUGGACCUGGCAGGAGGCGAAGGUCCUUGGCAGAGGUGGAUUUUUGUAGUGGCUGUCCUGUGCGCUUUACCGGAUGCCAGCCACAACAUGGCCAUGACUUUCUUCGCACCCAGUUUAGAUCACUGGUGUUCAAGGCCCCCAGAGGUCAAUGUGACCAUGAAGGAAUGGAAAGCCGUCGCUAUUCCCCCCGAUGACGCUCACUGUUCCAGGUAUAAGUUUCUAAAUGACACCGGUUUCCAAAUGGAUCCAUUUAAGAAUGCAACAUCCAGAGAGACUCUGCAAUGCGAUUCUUGGGAAUACGACGAUUCAAUAUAUAAAUCCACCGUUCUUAGUCAAUGGAACUUGGUGUGCGAUCGGGAAUGGCUGAUUUCGUUGUCCAAAUCGGUCUUUAUCGCAGGAUACUUUCUUUCAGCGACUGGAUUUGGAUAUUUAGCUGACAAAUUUGGCAGAAGACCGAUAAUUGCAAUGUGUAACGCCAUUGCCCUUGUUUCUGCGAUAAGCUCCUUGUUCUCGACUUCGUUCCUCAUGUUUGCCAUCACGAGGUUUUUCAUUGCAGCUGGAGUCACGGGUCUCGACAACAUAACAUACGUUUUAAUGAUGGAAAUCAUCAGCCCGAAAUACAGGUCAGCAUACGGCAUCGGAGUCAACUUUGGCUGGAUCCUCGGUUAUCUUUGCCUGCCGGGAAUCGCCUGGCUUUUAAGAGACUGGAUUUAUAUGCAAAUCGCGCUCACCUUACCAUUUAUUUUCCAUCUGUCCUCCUGGUGGUUCCUGCCAGAAUCCCCUCGUUGGCUCUUGGCCCAUGGGAAAACGGAAGAAGCUGCGAAAAUAAUAUAUAAGGCAGCAAAAAGAAAUGGAUUCGAUCUGUCCGAUGUAAAGCUCAAUGAGGUGAUUUCCCAUACAACCAAGAUUCAUGCAGCUGAAAGCGAAAAAGUGAAUGUCCUGCAAUUAUUUAAACCGGGAUUGUGGCAAAAAACGGUGAUCAUUCUUUAUCUUUGGUUCACCAAUGCCUUCAUGUACUAUGGGAUAUCGUAUAACACAAACGAAUUGGCUGGAGAUCCCUUCCUAAACUUUGCACUGUACGGCGUCAUCGAAAUCCCUGCCUAUGCCAUCACCUUAUUCGUCAUCCAGUCUAAAGGAAGAAGGAUGCCACAAGCCAUGAGCUGCAUAGCAGCUGGACUGUCCUGCUGGAUGAUUUAUCCUAUACCGAAAGAUCCUUGGUGGAUGAGUGAAAUGGUGUCACUGUUCGGAAAAUUCUGCAUCACAUCUUCUUUCAGCAUUCUGUACGUCUUUGCAACUGAACUCUUCCCCACGACAGUAAGGACCGUGGGAUUAGGGGCUGCACAAGUGUGCGCACGGUCUGGAGCCAUCAUUGCUCCAUUUGUGAGAGAAAUGGGUAAAGCCUCGCAUCCUAUCGUUCCUCAACUUAUCUUUGGAUUCUUAGCUGUCACUGCUGGGUUCCUGUCUCUUUUAUUGCCAGAGACAAAAAACUGCAGCAUUCCGGACACCAUAAAAGAAGCGGCUCUAAUAUCGAGGAAAAAAUCUACUAAAAAUGACGUUGAAAACAUAGUUGUACUAAAAGAACUGAAGAGCCGAAACGAAAGCAUUGAUUAAAUACUGAAGAUUUCCAUAAAUAUACUGGAAUUUCUUUUUUCAGAAGUCAAUUUGGUGAGAAAUUAUCAGUAUCAUGUUUUGGAAGUUUCCCAGUGCAUGUAAUACAUUUUUUACUCAUCUUUUCAUCUACUGAAGUUGUUUUAGUUGAUUUUUAAUAUUUAUUACGGUUUUACUGUUAAAUCUGUUGAAUUUUUUUAACAACGGUUCAAUCUUUUGUAAACAUUUCUAAACAAG